AUGGCCGGCGAGGCGGCGUCCGGCAGAGCCGGGCUGAUGGAGCCGGAGCCGGCGCCGGCGCUGGCGCUGGUACCCGUGACGGCGCGGAAGCCGCGCGGGCGCCCGCUGGGGUCGAAGAACAAGCCGAAGCCGCCGGUGGUGGUGACGCGCGAGAGCGAGGCGGCGAUGCGGCCUGUGGUGCUGGAGCUGGCGGCGGGCUGCGACGUGGUGUCCGAGGUGGCGGCGUUCGCCCGCCGCCGCCGCGUGGGCGUGUCCGUGCUCUGCGGCCGCGGCGCGGUCGCCGCCGUCACGCUGCGCCUGGCGGCGGGCACCGCGGCCGCGUCGGCCUCCGCGGUGACGCUGCACGGGCGGUUCGAGGUGCUGGCGCUGUCCGGGACCGUGCUGCCGUCGUGGUGCGACCCCGGGGCCGGCCACGGCCCCGCGCCGGCGUUCUCGGUGUCGCUGGCUGGGGUCGGUGGGCAGGUGAUCGGCGGGACCCUGGCUGGGGAGAUGACCGCGGCGGACGGGGUGGUCGUGGUGGCCGCCGUGUUCAGGACCGCCGAAGUGCACCGGCUGCCCGCUGCUGGCGCGGAGGACGGGGACGGGGACGGGGACGGCGGCGGUGGAAGGGAGGAGUGGAGGCAUCCGCAUUCGCAGCAGCAGCUGCAGGUGGCGGGCGACGUGGCGGGACUGGGUGGCUACGGCGGCGGCGGCGGCCACGUGGGCCAGCACGCGGAGCAGCUGGCUGAGAUAGGUCUGUGGGGCCAGCAGCCGACGCCCAGUCACGGACCGGUCCACCCUCUACACCGCUUCUAG